UCUGCUUUCAGCACUGUACGCACUUGGGACGUGAACUCAGAAAAGAAGCACAAGUCGGUGUUCAAACCUCGCUCCCAGCAGGGGAAGAAGGUCGUCCCCACCUGCUGCACUUACAGCCGCGACGGGAAGCUCAUUGCAGCAGGUUGCCAAGAUGGCACCAUCCAGAUCUGGGAUCGAAACAUGAGCGUUCACACAAAGUUCCACUGUCGGCAAGCCCACACUCCAGGAUCAGACACCUCCAGCCUUUGCUUUUCAUACGAUGGCGUCACCCUUGCUUCCCGUGGAGGUGAUGACACACUAAAGAUCUGGGAUAUACGUAACUUUAGAAAGCCUGUGAAUGAAGCAAACAGACUGACCAACUACUUCUCCAUGACGGAUUGCUGUUUCAGCCCUGAUGACAGACUUGUUGUGACAGGGACCUCCGUGAAGAAGGAGGAGGGAAAUGGAAAGCUGGUUUUCUUUGACAGAGCUUCUUUUCAGAAGGUCUAUGAAAUUGAAGUCACCAACGCAAGUGUCAUUCGCUGCCUGUGGCAUCCAAAACUGAAUCAAAUAAUGGCGGGUACUGGGAACGGCCUGGUCAAGGUAUACUACGAUCCAGUUAAAAGUCACAGAGGGGCCAAGCUGUGUGUAGUGAAGAACAAACGGAAAGAGAAACACGCAGAGACACUAACGCAGGAUUACAUCAUCACACCUCAUGCUCUGCCCAUGUUCAGAGAGGCCCGGCAGCGGAGUACACGGAAACAGCUGGAGAAAGAUAGACUGGACCCUAAGAAAUCCCACAAACCGGAGCCUCCUGUUUCCGGACCUGGUCGAGGAGGUAGAGUAGCUGCUCACGGGGGCACGCUGUCUUCGUUUAUCGUAAAGAACAUCGCUUUGGAUAAAACGGACGACAGUAAUCCAAGAGAAGCCAUUCUGCGUCAUGCCAAGGAGGCAUCAGAGAACCCUUACUGGAUCGCACCCGCAUACAAACAGACCCAACCGGAGCCUGUGUUCGCAGAGGAGUCGGACGAGGAUGAGGAGGCUGAAAAAGAACCAGAGUGGAAGAAACGCAAGAUCUAGAAGACUGAAGAGAUUAGCUGAUAGUUUGGUUAAAGCAGAAAGGCAGACAAAACGCUCAGGAACGUCAAUUAAAUUCCAUCUCUGCCCUCUGUUCUGUAGGCAUAAAGCUCAAAGCCUCUUUUUAUUUUCUGCUGUAGUGAAUAAAGGAAACUCGUAAAUCUAAAUUUACCAUUCUACAGUUUUAUGAUCCUUUCACUGCUAAACAUGAACCGCUUCCCUUUUUAUGUCUGUUUUGAUUGUGUCGACUAUAAUUAUAUAAUUUCUAUUGUCCUCACACCCUAGGUCUCCAGAGGUUACUAAUACCUCGUAAAUCAGCUCCAGAUUUUUGUGGUUCGGUGCCGUUCGUUACCAGGAGAGUUUGCAAAUAGUGCAUCGUAAUAUGAUUUUAGCUGUUUUUAUGUGGGAAUAUUUUUUAGAUUCUACGUUUUGAAAGCUGUGCUUUUUUUCGCAAGGCCUUCAAUUAUUUGCUGUUUUCUCUACACCAUGUAAACCAACUCAAACCUUAAAUAAAGGAACAUAUCUCCUCUUGUCAAA